AUGUGUUGCAACUACAGCAACUCUUGUGGCUAUGGCUGUGGCUAUGGCCCCUAUUAUGGCUAUAGUUAUGGACCUGGCUAUCGCUAUGGCUAUGGUUGUGGCUAUGGCUACGGCUGUGGCUAUCGCCCCUAUUAUGGCUGUAGUUGUGGACCUAGCUAUGGCUGUGGCUGUGGUAUGGGCUAUGGCUGUGGAUAUGGCUCCCGGUAUGGCUGUGGAUAUGGCUGUGGAUAUGGUUCCUACUGUGGCUAUGGCUCUGGCUGCUAUGGUUACCGUCCAUUUUGCUAUACAAGAUGUUAUUCUUCUUGCUGCUAG